GUUAAAAAUUGAUAAGAAAUAUUGUCAGUUUGAUAUUCAUCAUUGUCUUGUAAACACACUUGUAAUUUUAUCAUGAAUAAAUCAAAUAACAAUGUGUCUAAAAAAAAAAGAGAAUGGAGUGGAAGUUUACAAUUUCUAAUGGCAUGUAUAGCAACAUCAGUCGGUUUGGGAAAUAUUUGGCGUUUUCCUUAUACAGCCUAUGAAAAUGGUGGUGGUGCAUUUUUGAUUCCCUAUGUAAUUAUAUUGAUAUUUGUUGGAAAACCAUUUUAUUAUCUUGAAGGAGCCAUGGGACAAUUUACCGGUCGAUCAUGCGUAGGUUUUUGGAACAUGAUACCAGCCUUAAAAGGAUUGGGAAUUGGACAAGCUUUGGUUUCCGGCUAUGUUGUGUCAUACUAUUGUUCGUUGAUGGCAUUGACUUUGUACUAUUUAUUUUUAAGUUUUAACACCCAGCUACCAUGGUCAUACUGUUGGAAGGAGUGGCAAGAGCCUUGUAUUCCCAUAAACUCAUCAAACAAUAUUAAAUUUGAAAAUACAAUUAAUAAAACAAUAAGUGGAUCAGCAGAACUUUAUUUCAGAAAAGAAGUACUACAUGAAGCUAAUUUAGUUGAAGACGGUAUAGGUUUACCAUCUUGGAAAUUAUCAAUUUGUCUUGGAUUAAGUUGGACAUGUGUUUUUUUAGUUUUACAUCGUGGCAUUCAAGAUAUUGGCAAAACUGUUUAUUUUCUUGCUUUAUUUCCAUAUUUUGUGAUGCUGAUACUACUUGGAAGAGCAGUAACUCUUCAAGGUGCUUUCAAUGGAAUAAUAUUUUUUAUAAAACCAAAUUGGACAAAACUUUUUGAGCCACAAGUUUGGUAUGCAGCAAUAACACAAUGUUUUUUUUCUCUGAGUGUUUGUUUUGGUCCAAUAAUAACUUAUUCUAGUCACAACAAUUUUCAUCAUCCAAUUUAUCGAGAUGUUAUGAUUGUAACAACACUGGAUACUUUGACAAGUUUUAUGGCAGGGUGUACGAUAUUUGGAAUACUUGGAAAUUUAGCACAUCAAAUGGGAACAGAUGAUAUUGGUAGUGUUGUUCGUGGUGGUACUGGUUUAGCAUUUAUAUCAUAUCCAGAUGCACUCGCACGUUUUGAUAUUGUACCACAAUUAUUUUCCGUACUUUUUUUUAUAAUGAUGUUUGUAUUGGCACUUGGUACAGCCAUGUCAUUGUGUGGAAGUAUUUUUCUCAUUUGUUGUGAUUAUUUUACAAAUACAAAAACUUGGAUUAUAACAUUGAUAAUAACGUUAACUGGAUUUUGCCUAAGUCAUAUUUAUAUUACACCAAGUGGACAGUGGUUUGUUAGUCUAGUUGAUUACUAUGGAGGAACACUGGUUGCAAUUGUCGUUGGAGUUUUAGAAAUAAUAUCUAUAUUUUGGAUUUAUGGAUUAUGGAAUGUUCUCAAUGAUUUUGAAUUUAUGUUGGGAAAAAGACCGGGUAUAUAUUGGCGGGUUUGUUGGUUGAUUGUGACUCCAACACUUAUGAUUGUUAUAUUAAUUUAUACUGGUGUUACAUAUUCACCACCGACUUAUGACGGACAAGAAUUUCCAAUUUAUGCUUACGUGAUUGGUUGGAUUUUAUUUGCUAUUUUUGCUGUUCAACUUUUGUCUUGGAUUAUUUUUUAUGUUAAAAAAAAGAAUUAUCUGAUUGAUGGUGUUAAAUAUGGAUUUACACCAUCAAAAUUAUGGGGACCAAAAAAUCCACAAGAUCAUAAAGAAUGGAAGGAAUUUAGUCUUAAAAAAAAAUCACAAUACAAAGGAACUCUUCGAGAAUUAUUUUUUGAUUAGUAUUAUUUUGUAAAAAAAAAACAAAAAAAAUUUAUUCUAUUUGUUUAAUUUUUUGUAUUAAUAUAUUUAUAAUAAUAAUGCUAAUAAAAACA